GGUAACAGUGGUGUACAGCGAGGAGCUGCUUCCCCAGCGAGGAGCUGGUCCCUCCUCUGCAGGAGAUGGUGAGGUUGGACAUGUCCCUGAUGCCAACCUGGAUGAGCUGAGUGCCUUCCUACAGAGAGGUUUGGGUACAACCCUGUCAUUUGGGGCUGACUCCUGUGACCAAAGGGAGGCUGGAGCUGUGCAGGGCUGCCAUGUCCUCAGCGUCCCUCUGGAUGUUGGCAGAGGGCUCAGUUUGGGUUAAAAACGUAAGAGCUUUUUUUUUUUUAACUGUUACCAAUAACCUCAGGAGCCAAAGGUUGCCCUUGUUCUCCUUUUCCAAUCAAAUGUCACAUUGACUCCAGUGCGGUGUUGGAAGCAUGCGGGGAACUGCAGCACGUCAGCUCGGCACAAUGUCUCCAUCAGGCUGGAAGGAAGCCCAAAACCAAAAGUCCACUGGCCAAAAUGCAUCCUCUGCAGAAACCCCAAGUACCUCCUAAGCCUGUCCAUCUCAAACCUGGGCAGGAAAGAAUUCCUCCUGCACCGUCUCGGCCUUUGCCAGCUGAUCCCAAGUCGUCAAAGAGCUUAGCACCUGGAGAGGACGAAAUACCAAUAUCAGCAGGAGUCAACACGCUCAUUGAGAAAUUUGAAAGCAUUAGGCAACCUGUACAUAUUCUUCAGAGAAACCAGCUAAAUUUAGCUCUUAAGAUGGAACCUGGCCUGGACUCAUCCAAGCAGACGAGCUCGUGUGACUGUGACACAGUGGCUUCCAGCGGCUCUUCCGCGACUGACAAAGCUGAAGCGGAUGAGGCUGAGCCCGACGUACCGUGCAGCACAGAUCUAACAAACACAGACAUAAUGAAAAUUAAAGAGCUAAGCCUGGGUGAUAACAAAAGCCAUGAAGACUGUAGUGCUGUGAGUGGGAGCAAAGAGCCCUCUGGAGAGCUUGGCAAUAAAGACUCAACUGCAGAACUGAAUGGGAACAGUAAAAUUCCCAACAGAGACAGUGGCAUUGACAGCCCUUCUUGUAGCGUGGCUGGAGAAACAUUCCCCAGCGAAGAAGGGGCAGAGCAGAAGAAGCCCAGCAUGGCUGGGCACCCAGGGGAGAUGGAACCUGACAAAAAGGGCACCAAACCUUCCUCUGCAGAGCAGAAGAGAGACUCCACACAGGAUGAGGACAGUGACAUUGAUGAAGGAAGCAGCGAGGAGCAAGAGACAGCAGAAGUGCCAAAGUUAGAGUAUUUGGAUGUAAACAAGUGUACAGAGCCCCAAAAGCUGUUCAACAUUGCCAGUGAGCUGCUCCACACAGAAGAAGCGUAUGUUAAAAGACUCCAUCUCUUGGACCAGGUUUUUUGCACUAAGUUGUCUGAAGCAGGGAUUUCAUCCGAAGUGAUAACGGGCAUCUUCUCAAACAUUUCUUCCAUCUAUUGUUUCCAUGGACAAUUUCUUCUCCCUGAGCUCAAAACAAGAAUUACACAAGAAUGGAGUGUCAACCCACGGCUGGGAGAUAUCCUACAGAAACUUGCUCCUUUUCUGAAGAUGUAUGGAGAAUAUGUGAAGAACUUUGACAGGGCGAUGGACAUAGUGAACACAUGUAUGCAGAGGUCCUCUCCCUUCAAAGACGUUGUUCAGAACAUACAGAAACAGGAGGUGUGUGGAAACCUGACUUUACAGCAUCACAUGCUUGAACCAGUGCAAAGGAUUCCUCGUUACGAGCUUCUCCUGAAGGACUAUUUAAAGAAACUUCCAGAAGAAUCUCCAGACAGGAAAGAUGCUGAAAAGUCGCUGGAGCUGAUAUCGACGGCAGCGAACCAUUCCAAUGCAGCCAUCCGGAAGAUGGAAAAGAUGCACAAGCUUUUGGAAGUCUAUGAGCGCCUGGGUGGUGAAGAGGAUAUUGUUAACCCAGCCAAUGAGCUCAUUAAAGAAGGACAUAUUCAGAAACUUUCAGCAAAGAAUGGCACAGCACAGGAUAGGUAUUUAUUCCUGUUUAACAGCAUGGUGCUGUACUGUGUGCCAAAACUGAGGCUGAUCGGCCAGAAGUUCAGUGUCCGAGAGAAGAUGGACAUUGCAGGACUGCAGGUCCAAGAAAUUGCCAAGCAAAAUGUGACUCAUACGUUUUCCAUAACAGGAAAAAAGAGGUCACUGGAACUACAAGCCAGGACAGAAGAGGAGAAGAGGGAAUGGAUUCAGGUCAUUCAAGCCACAAUUGAAAAGCACAAACAGAACAGUGAGACCUUCAGAGCUUUCAACAGCUCUUUUUCACAAGAGGAGGAGCAUCUUCCUGAUUCCUCAAUAGCCAGCACCAGCUCAGUGGAAUCAAUGCCAGGAGCAGAUGGUGGUGGUGCAUUUGGAGGGAGUGAUUCUUGUAGAAAAUCCUCCAAAUCCAAGCGGGACAAGGAGAAACAGGCUUGCAAGAGCUGCAGUGAAAGCUUCAACUCCAUCACAAAGAGGCGGCACCACUGUAAGCAGUGUGGGGCAGUGAUCUGUGCAAAAUGCUCCGAGUUCAAGCCACUUGCAGAUAACAGCCGUCACAACCGAGUGUGUAAGGAGUGUUUCCUGCAGCUGCCAGCGAGCCCCUGCAGCCCUGGGGUGGAAGCAGUUGGAGAACAGAAGAAAAGACUGGCUGCAGAGAAGCAAAGCAUCCUUGCAGCUGAAAACAGCCUCUUCAGCAGCUACCUCCAGUUCCUUGAAAAAGGGAAGACUUGGUACAAAAUGUGGGUGGCCAUCCCCAAGACUGAACCUCUUGUUUUAUAUCUGCAAGGAAGCAGCCAGGACGGGCGGAGCCCACGUCCCAUCCCUCUGCCUGGCUACGAAGUCAGUUUACCAGGUUCUGGUGAGAAGUUUGAAGUGAAGCACGUCUUUAAGCUUUGCCAGUCCCACCAAACUCUCUAUUUCAGUGCAGAAGAUGAGGAGCUGCAGAUGAAAUGGAUGGAAAUUCUCACCAAAGCCGCCAAAGGGGAGACUGAGGAUACAGCUGAAGGGCUCAGCAACCCAUAGAGCAAGUUCCAUUUAGUUUCUUUCCUACAUGCUAUAAACGAUCACUUGAAUUUGGUAUUCAUGGCACUUUGGAAUCUGUACGGCUUUAUAUUUUCAUGUGUCUGCAUAGGAAAUUCAGUGGUUUCUUGCCUUUUAUUGUACAUUUUCCACGUCCAGUAGUUACCUGCCAUAUAUUAUGUUAAAGGAAAAAGUAGCUGUAGUUGUUGGUGGUGUCGAUGAUGCUGGUUUUAAAACAAAAGACAAGGAGCAAAGCAUUAAUUUUAACAAAGGUAAUGGAAAACCAUCGGUCUUUUGUUUUCCUAAAUGUAUAUUUUCCAGUCCUUUUUAUUGCUGUUGAGUGCAGGAUGUGUAUAGUCUGUGAUUAGUUCUAUAAAUGCUGCCUUUUAAGUUAAAUGUUGUAAAGGCUUGUGCUGGCCACUGACAUUCCAUUCUCUGCCUCUCCCUCCUGGUAAAAGGUCCUUGUGAAGUGUGAGCAAUGUACUGAGUAUUUUCCCUUUGCUAAAACUAUGUCUCUGCUAUUUUGAGAUGACCUGUUCACAAGACAAAUACUGUAGAAGGGACUUGUUAAAAUGACUGCAAAUGGUGCAGAAUAGAACAUUAAGAAGCCUCAAUGAUUUUAAGCAUUUAUAUUAUUGAUUGUUUUCAUUUGGAACCAAUACCUUCCUUUCUUCUAUUGGAACCCGUUUUGAUGUAAGUGAACAAACAUUUUAUACUGCCAACUGGGUAAUGAUCAAUAAACAAGAACAUUUUUAGUACACACCAUACAAAAAGGUGACUUUUUUGUUGUAUUGGUUAAUUUAAGUGGGCUAGGUUUUAUUUAUAUAAUUUGUAAAUAAUGUUACAUAAGUAUUUUAAGAAUUUUUAAAAGACUUCAGCUGAAUAACAGGAUUUAGUGCAUAGUAUAAGAGAUAUUUGUAUGAAUUGAAUUUGUAAUUUACUUUUCCUGUUCACCUGUGUUUAUCUUAUUUUCAAACUUAAAUGCUUAUCUAUUUAAAUAAAAUUUCCUGCAGUUAACUCCUGAGCCAGAUUUCCAAGGCACAGCAAGGUUUAGGUCAACAUUUAAUAUAGGUUUAAAAAAAAAAAUCUAAAAAAAAUCUAAAACAAAAAAAAAAGGCAUGUCUGUUCCUGGUGG